UGAGAGCCGAGCCGAGACCCACAUGUGUUCUGAGUGCAGUUUCCCAUGUGUGGUGUUGUAGAAGAGGCGUGUAACGUGUGUGUUGACUCGCCUUCCUAUACGUUGGGAAAUUAAAACAAGCGAACUGGCAACUAAAACUAAAAGAAAACAACCAGGCAGCUAAAACAAACAGCCAGACAGCUAAACAAACGACCAAGAAGCUAAAACAUGGAACCAGGCAGCUAAGACAUGGAACAAGACUGCUCAACAAUCAACCAGACAGCCAAAACAAGGAACCAAAACUGCUAAACAAGCGACUAGAUUGGCCAAAAAGCUAAAAACAAUUGUCUAAAGAGUUGAAGCUAACACAAGCAAUCAAGAGAAUAAACAAACAAAACCAAGAGACCAAAAUGCUAAAUCAAGCUAAAACAAAUCAAAACAAGUGACCAAGAAACUAACAUUAAUGACCAUAAGCGAAACAAAGAGACCAGUAAGGUAAAACAAACCAAAACAAAGAAAACAAAGUUAAAACAAGCUAAAACAAGUAACCAGGGAGCUAAAACAAGAUAAAAGUGGAUGAAACCAAACAGCUAAUGCGAAUAACCAAACAGCUAAAUCAAGGAACCAAACAGCUAAAUCAAGGAACCAAACAGCUAAAUCAAGUAACCAAACAGCUAAAUGAAGUAACCAAGAUGACCAGACACACCAUCACAGGGCCAGCAGUCAUUGGCACUCUUAGCCUCAUGAGUGUGUGUAUCUUGGUGUUGACACUGAGUAACCAGGGGCUAAAGGUCGCUCUCUCACAGACCAACACAGACUACCAGGAGGAACUGAAGAGGAGAGAUGAGGUCCUUGAUGAGUGUCAUAAGAAGUACAAGGAAGAAGUUGAGAAUGUCAUAGGUGAUGCUGUUAACAAAGUGAAGGUGCUACAGCAGGAGUUAAGUGGCCAGAGGGAACUGACGAAGGGAUUCAAAUUGACCGCUGAUGAGUUAGAGGCCAAGCGGAAGAAAACCGAAGUUCUCAAGCUGGAGAAUAAAGGCUUGGAACAGCGCUUCGAAGUAGCCCUGAAACGCAUCAAGGCACUGGAUACUUCAGAAGCCAAACUCAAAGCCCAGAUAAAGGAAGUGUCUAAACAAGAGAUACUGGAUAUAGAAGACACCAAAGACGCCAAAAGAGUUCGAUAUAUAGCCAAGGAUAUGAAGAGACGAGCUCAAAAAGAGGCCAAUAGAAUCAACGAAGAGACGGCGAAAGUAGAGUUAGAUAUGAUCAAAGCGCAAAACGAGGUGGCUCAGUUACGAGUUGAAUUUGCUAAAUUAGUUGGUGGUGUUCGUGAUGGUGGUGUUGGUGGGGGUGGUGUUGGAGGUGGUGUUGGUGGGGGUGGUGUACUUCCAGGAGUAUAGAGUAGAAGCACAGUAUAAACAGAUAUCCAUAGCUCUCUCUCUCUCUCUCUCUCUCUCUCUCUCUCUCUCUUUUAUUUUAUUGCAUUACCACCUGUUUUUAUUGCCUCGUGUGCUGUUCACCAUCUUUAUUUUGGUCUUUUUUUCCGUCUCGUUUUUAUUUACACUAGAAAUUGUGAAAAAGGUAGGUUACAGUUUAAUUAAAUAUAUUUAUUUAACUAUAUACUGCAUCUAUUAGUCAUAAGAUAAAUAUUAUAAAUAAACUUGUCGUGUGUGUCUUUAUUAUAAGUUUAAAUAACAAACUUAGGGGAGUAAAAUCUAAAAAAGUUUUCCCUUACAAGUGAAACGUUAAUCAAGGUCAUACUCUGGUGUUUUUGUUUACCAGCUGUUGUCUCAGGAGGAUAACUUGAUGUAAUUUAAGUGUUAUUGCUCUGACUAUUAUUUCUGUAAGAGAUGUAACCUGAAUAAGCUUAAUUUUAUUUUGUUUUUGUAUUAUAGCAAAAAAAAAUCCAUAGAAAUAGAUAUAUAUAACAUUGAACCUAUGCAGAUAUAAUUAGGCAAGCUUUCCUGGAUUCGAACUCUCGUAUCUGAGAACACAACUCCCUGGUUUUAAAAACUAGACUAAACAAUAAUUACAAACUGUAAAUAUAUUCUGUCCAAUAGGUUUAAUGAUUUAAUUAAAGACUUAAAUGUU